AUGUCUAUUCGUUUAGGAGGCUCUCUGCGCUUCCCCUUGGAGAUCUGGGAUAUGAUCAUCGAGCAGCUAAAACAUGAAGAGUCUGCCCAGCACCUAGGCCGACUCGCGCAAACAUGCCAUGUGCUUCACCAGAGAACUGUACCUCGUCUCUACAGUCUAGUACGCCUUUCCAACUCGGAAAGCGGUGCUCAUCUUGCUGUUGCGAUAGAACAACGCCCAGAGUUGGCAGAACUCAUCCAUGAAAUUCGACACAAGGAAGACAGUGGCUUAGAAGUGUUCUCUGGUCGUCAUCUGAAAUUUUACAAAAUGGCCGCGGGUUUGCCGAAUGUGGAGACGCUGAUUUUGAGGGGAAAACUCAGACCUCAUAAGGCUACUCAGUACACCUCCUAUCAGGCACGAACGCCGUAUGGGGCAUAUCCGGUGGUCAAAUUAGCCCGGACUGUCAAAGAAUACCGCGACUUAGGGGUUGGACCUCCAGGACAGUCACAGUUCAGUCCUCCAGAUACCCCCACGAUUCCCUGGGAAUUCGAUCGUGGCAACGAAACCCUAUUCGGGCAUGCACUUCUCCAAAACCCGCCAGGAAUGCCCGCACUGCGUGUCUGUCACAUUGGAAGCGACAGGAACCUUUGUGGACCAAGUAACGCCAGGGACUGUCCUUGCAUACCGCGAUUCAACGAGGCCAUUUUCCGUCAUCCAGGUCUACGGGUGCUCUGUAUCAGAGGGGCUAUAUUCCAACCGGUUGAGAGUGCAUCUUACCCUUUGAGACGCACCGACACGCCGCUUGAAGAUUUGACUCUUUUGAAGUGCACCAUUCAGGCCUCAGAUCUGGAGAUAUUGCUCGAACAUCCGCAAGCCUUGAAGCGGUUUACUUGGAGAGGGGCUUACCCCCUGCCCGCGGAGGAUGAUCCAGAGAUUGAGUAUGUUGUGAAUGACUAUGUUGCAGCGCUGGUCAAGCAUCGGGAUUCACUGGAGUACAUAGAUUACGAUCUCGAGUGGGGCAGCGAAGAUGCCGCAAACUUCUCUAUAUUCACCAAUGUUAAGCAUCUCACCGUCGCGCUCAAAUCACUGGCAGGCGAAGAAUGCACUGAGUUGGACCCUGAGUAUGAUCUUUUGCCAGAGAAUCUUGAGAGUCUCACAAUACAUUAUGACGAGCUGAAAUACUGGGUGCCUCAAUACAUCUUCGGACUUGUGGAGGACAAGCAGCUCCCGAACCUGCGUCUCUUCGCCUGCACGGUAAGGAGUACGAGUCCGGACGCCUGGCAAGAAAAGUACGACAACUUCAGUGUGGAGCCGACCAAGCCCCCGCGUUCCACGCACCUCUGCCGGGAUAUCGACACCUGGCAACCCCGGUUCGAGGCGUUCAAUGUGGAGCUGCGCACGGAAAUCUUGCCGUUCGAAGAGUACCCGACCUGGGCACCCAAAUACAAGUUGUGUCCCUGCGACCAGCUGUGGCUCUUCCACAGAAUUCCCUUGCCUCCCAUUGAUCUCUAA